UGUAACUGUUGGUGGAUCGGAGCCAGAGGUUCAGGCAGCCAGGCUCCGGAGUGUUGCGGGCGACGUUCGCGUCCCGUUCACCGGCACCGGGAGCCCACACAUUCAGCGCUGCCGGCCGCUCGCUAACCCGCGGCUCCGGGUGGAACGGCGGGCUCCCGUCCCCCGUCCCUGACAACCGGGCUCCCAACCCAGGCAAUUCCCAGUCCCACUGAUGCAAUCCAGAUGUGGUUUGGUUGGCUCCCACGGCUUCCUGGCUCGCUGCUCGUCCACUGAAACACCUCCCUCCGCGGCCAGCUGCUCUGCGCGUCGCCACCUCCACACGGCUUGUUCUGUUACCUGCGGAUCCGCCGGUCGCUGGUCUCACGCCCGACGCACAGAUGUGACGGAAUAAAAGAAACAUACCCGCAGUCAGCCUGUGAACUGCAGCCCUGUAGAACAUCAUUCAGAUAGUCUGUGAACUUCUGCACUGCACCAGAGCCAGCCUGUGAACCCCCACCCUGUAGAAAACCAGUCUGUGAACUUCCAUACUGUAUAAAAACAACCCGCGAACCCCAACCCUGUACAAAACCACCCAGAACCAAUUUGUGAUCCCCAUCCUGUAUAAAACCAGCCGGUGAAGUCGGUACAAACCUACCAGCUGUGGUCUGUAUAAUCCAGUGGUGCAGAAUUGCCCCGAAGAUCAAGUGGUGUCCACCUUGCCAGGUACCACUCUCCCAAGAAUUGCCUGUGCCUCCAGGGACCAUGAGACUGCGAAGGAAAGGGGAUCUCAUCUGCACGGUCCUCCUGCUUUCAGCGCUUUGCAUUUUGCUUUACAUCCAACUGGAGUCUGUAACUCCGUGGGUGGGCAAACACGAGGCUGACGGGGAGUCGGGCACCGAGAGGUACGUUACGGUGCAACCCGUAGAAACGGUGACUCAGACGGCCUCGCCCAGCGCAGGGUCGGCGCCGGAGAACACCUGCCGGCUGGGCCAGGGGCUGGAGGACGGGCGGAUCCAGGUGGCGACGCCCCCGACCACAGACCUGUUACCCUGGAGCUACCGCCAGUACCAAUGGCAGAAGGACUGCCGCGAGUUCAGUCAGAUCAUUAACCAGGAGGACAAGUGCCGGAAGGUGAACGGGGAGCCGCUGCUGCUGGUCUCCAUCAAGUCCAAGGCAGAGGAGUUCGAGCGGCGGGAGGUGGCUCGGAAGACCUGGGCCCGGGAGGGCCGGGUCCACGGGCUGCACGUCCGCAGGCUCUUCCUGCUGGCCACGCCGGCCAACCAGAGCGCCCUGGCCUCCUGGGGCCGCCUGCUGGAACACGAGAGCCGCGUCUACCGCGACAUCCUGCUAUGGGACUUCCAGGACACCUUCUUCAACCUGACGCUGAAGGAGAUCCACUUCCUCAAGUGGCUCGACCGCUUCUGCCCCACCGCCGAGUUCGUCUUCAAGGGCGACGACGACGUCUUCGUCAACGUGGAGAACAUCGUCGACUUCUUGCUCGGCGCCGACCCCAGGGAGGACCUGUUCGUCGGCCACAUUAUUUACCAAGCCCUGCCCAUCAGGUCCAACAAGAGUAAGUACUACAUCCCCGAGAUGAUGUACGGCCCGGGGGUUUACCCCGUCUACGCGGGCGGCGGGGGCUUCCUCAUGAGCGGCCACACGGCCAGGAGGCUGUAUGGCGCCAGCAAGGAGGUGGACCUUUUCCCCAUCGACGACGUCUUCCUCGGCAUGUGCUUGCUCCGGAUCGGCCUCAAGCCCCAGACCCACAAGGGAUUCCGAACCUUCGGCAUCGUGCGGCCGUCGGCCGCUCCUCACCUCCAGACCUUUGACCCUUGCUUCUACCGGGAGCUGAUGGUGGUGCACAGCCUGAAGGUACCCGAGAUCUGGCUCAUGUGGAGCUUGCUUCACGACCCCGACCUCAACUGCGCUCGCAAGGGCUUGGCCAGGCGCCCGUUCCGGUGGAGGGCCAAGAGAAAGGCGACCCCCGGCCCGGCCGGCAAAGCCAAGCACUGACGGGGGUUGGGGGGGUGGGGGAGGCAACCCUCCCACCUCAGGGACACGACCCCCUCAAUGAUUUUGCCAGCAAAUUUAUACCUGGAAUGUUUGUAACUCUCUCAAUCCCUUUUGUAUUAUUGAAUCUCACUGGUGGAGACGGUGCACUGGCAUGUGUUGUGGGCGUAUUGGGAAUACUACUGUGAAUCUGUUCAUUUUGGGGGAAAAAACAUCGUGUCUUCCACACCAAACUCUGAAAGCGUCUUUAAUUCGAGUGGAUGAGAAAACCAAAUCACAGAACUAAUAUUUUUUCACUAAAUGUCUGACAGUAUUCACAAGACCACAAACGGUCUCGAUUUUAGCAAGACAAGGACAUUUACAAGAUCCCCAGAGGAGCGGAUCCAAACCAAUCCCUGGUGCUCUGACAGCAAGCAGCCUGAACUAGUUAUAUAACCAGUUGAUGGAAUGCAUGACACACUCAGUUGAAUCCCCACCCUGCCCCAAUGUUUCCAGUGUGCUACAGAGCCACACAGACCAGGAAGAUCCCAUGUUUGAUCCUUGGUUGGAAGCUAUUUCAUUGACCUCAGCCAGUGUGACUUCAGAGGUGCCAAAAUUGGCCUUGGUGCUCUGGCUAGGGGAAGCUGGUUGAAAUCAUUUGAGGUUCUCAUUCUGGAUAGCAAUCUAUUGGGCUGGUCCCUCUGAAGUGUGGAGCAGUUAGUGGUGCCUGCAUAGCUAAAUAACCAGAUGAUGUUCACCCCCUCAGGUCACUGGGUGUGACUACUGACCAUGUACUGUAACCCAUCAGCGUCAAUACAACUGCACUAAAAUAUGGUCCCACUCUCCAUUGACUGCCAGAAUAAAGGUGAUAUGGGACUUGUGUGCUCACAAAGUUUUAAUCACAUUACUGUUCUUCUUACACUGAAUAACGGUAGACAUGGUCAAAGGACCUUUAC